AGAAAUCCAAAGAAGAGGGGUUUGAAGAUGAACAAAAGUUAUCAUAACUUCAUGCUGAGAUCAGUCCAGUAUCGAGAGCCCGUGCUAUUCGCGAGUGUAUUCCUUUUAUCUCACUAAGCUAUCGUAACGUGUGUUAUAAAUAAUUAAUUAAUGUUAUACUGACUGAAUUGCAAAAGCACCAUGUUCGGUUACAGUGGUUUCAUUGCAACAUUUAUCAUACUGUUUUUAAAAUUCGAAACAAUCAUCACGCAAGUGGAAGAGUCUUACAUUUUUCCCGAACCAACGUUUACAGUUUUACAAUCGAACGAGAUUCAAAUUUCAAUUCCAAAUGAAAGGGGACUGCAGUUUUUCGCAUUCAAUGGAAAUAUAAACAAAAGAAUUGUAAGUAGCCAAGUAGGAGAAAUAUCAGGUGAAACAUACAGGCAAACAAAGGGUAAAUGGACAAUUGUAAAAAAACAUGUAAUUUUAAAAGAUGGAGAUACCAUACAUUAUUGGAUGCAAGCACAAGUUAAUGGAAAAAUGCAUACGAAAAGCGAUCAAACGUGGAUUGUUACGACGGAAAAGCCAAAAGAAAAACCUGGUACCCUAUUGUUCAACGAAGAUUUUGAUAACUUUAACACAUUAAUUUGGGAGCGUGACAUCAGAAUACCAUUAAGUCCUGAUUAUGAAUUUUGCGUCUAUCAUAAUGAACACCACGCACCUUUACUUCAAGUUGUUGGUGGAAAAGCUCGGUUUAAACUACAGAUGUUAGAAGAUCAGUAUGGUGACCGGGCUACUGCAUUUGGAAAAAUGGAACUUAGUGGGUGUACCAGCAAAAUUCUAGAAGAAUGUUCACGGAACGCUGGGGCCUAUAGCAUUUUACCACCCGUUCUAUCAUCUAGAUUAACUACGAAAAAAAGCUUUAAUUUCCGGUACGGUAGAAUUGAGAUAAGAGCAAAAUUUCCGCAAGGCGAUUGGUUGUAUCCAGAAAUGUAUCUGCAACCAACGUCCAAUACUUAUGGUUUUGGUUAUUCAAGUGGACGCAUUAUUCUUGGUCUAGCUCGAGGAAAUGACCAUUUAAUCGACCCUAAGGGUGAUCUUAUCUUCGACUCUAGAAAAUUGGAUUUCGGAUUUCGAGUUGGUACAAGCACACACGUCGACGAUUACGUGGUUUCUAAAAUAAACGAAAAUGGUUCAAAAUGGACACAAGACUUUCACAAUUAUACAACUAUUUGGAACAAAAAUGAAUUUCAGUUUUUUGUUGAUGGUGAAGAAGUUGGUAAAUUGUGUCCUAAAAGGGAUGGAUGGUUGAACAACACUGAUUAUAAUAAAAUGGCUCCAUUUGACAAAGAAUUUUAUAUUUCUAUUGGCCUCGGAGUCGGUGGUAUACGCGUUUUUCCUGAUGGCACAAAAAGUUCUGAUCAUACCAAACCAUGGCGAAAUAUUGGUGCUAAGGCAAUGUUACAAUUUUGGCAAGCAAAAAACGAUUGGUUUCCAACUUGGACACGACAAAGUGGUAAAAUGCCAUCUUUCGAGAUUGAUUAUAUCCGAGUGUGGUCGGUCUGACAAUAUUACUGAAAUACAGUAUGAAUGUUUCCGGAAGAGUUAUAGAAAAUAAGUAAAAAAUAUAUAAAGAAAAAGAAAUUAAAAACUCAUUGAAUAGUGAAUAAAAAUGUUACCUGUGCAAUCUUGGUGCAAAAAUCGGUUUUGAAUUGUGACCUGAACAAUUAGUUUCAUGUAAAAUAUUGCACAUAGCACAGAAAUAUUAAAACAGAAAAUUUAAUAUGAUUAUUUUUAUAUUUAUUAUUAUUUAAUAAUGUAAAUAGGAGAAUAAUAAAAUUAAUACUUAAAACAAUA